AUGAACAAAAGCCUCGAUGAAGCCAAAGAGAUCAUAGAAAAUAUGGCUCAGAACCACCAUCAAUGGGCAUCUGAAAGAUCCAGUGGCUCUUUUACGGGGAAUCCAAUUAAAGCGUUAGGGAAAUUCAACGUAGAUGCAGUUACACUGAUGUUUGCGAAGCUGGACGCUCUAACUAAGAAAUUUGAUGCAAUGGGAGGCAGCACAGCUAAUGUAAUAGCAUGUGUUUGCGACACUUGUGGAGGGAAACCAGAUUUAAAUCCAGUGGAACAUUGCAACCGCAUUGAACUGAGGAGUGGACGUACUGUGGGAGAUCCCCAAACCACCACUCAGAAGGAGCUUGACUUAGAGAAAGAGCACUCUCUCCUCCCGCCCAAUCAGACUCAAAACAGGGAUGGAGAAGAGACUACUAAGAAGAAGCUUAUAGCAUCCCAGAAAGAUGAAGAGUUCAGCCGAUUCCUGAAGAAGAUCAAAGAAAUCUACAUAGAAGUACCAUUGAUAGAUGUGCUGCACCAAAUGCCGAAGUUCGCGAAGUUUCUAAAGGGAAUAUUAUCUAACAGAAGGCAGAAGGGUGACUUCGAGACUGUAGCAUUAACAGAAAAUUACAGCGCCCUCCUUAUGGCGAAUCCCCCACCGAAGCUUCAGGAUCCAGGAAGUUUCUCCAUAUCGUGCAGAAUUGGUCCUGAACUCGUACCGAGAGCUUUCUGCGACUUGGGGGCCAGCGUCAGCCUACUUCCGUACUCCUUAUGCAAGAAGUUGGGCCUCUAG